GGGCAGGUGGACAGCGCUGUCCCCGAAGCUGCUGAUGAAAUCGCAGCCAGGAGCGUUGGAGUCUUUGGACCUUCCCAUGCUCGGGACCUUUGACUCAUAAAAGGCUCCUUCAAAAAGCGUCGGGAGCAGAAGAGGGAAGGGAAGAGGAGCCGGAGAAGGGAAGGAGGAGCUGCUGGAAGGAGCAGAGCCCGUCCCGGAGCGUGGGGAGCCGCGGGGGGACAGAGGAGGUCGCUGCAUGUGGAGUUUUCGGACAAAAUGCUCUCUCUGAAGAAAUACUUCACCGAGGGCCUGAUCCAAUUCACCAUCCUGCUGAGCCUCAUCGGGGUGCGCGUGGACGUGGACACCUACCUGAGCUCGCAGCUCCCCCCGCUGCGGGAGAUCAUCCUGGGCCAGAGCUCUGCCUACACCCAGACCCAGUUCCACAACCUGCGCAACACCUUGGACGGAUAUGGCAUCCACCCAAAAAGCGUCGAGCUGGACUAUUACUUCACCGCCCGCCGCCUGCUCAGCCAGGUGAGGGCUCUGGACAGGUUCCAGGUGCCCAGCACCGAGGUCAGCGCCUGGCUGGUGCACAGGGACCCCGAGGGCUCCGUGUCCGGGGGGCAGCCCGGAGCCGUGCAGGACGGCGGCGCGGGGGACGGCGCCGUCAGGGAGAGCGGGGCCGAGCAGGGCUUCGGGGAAGAGCUGGAGGAUCUGGGAGCUGUGGCGCCGCCUGUCAAUGGAGAUCUCACCCCGCAGGACAUCGAUUUGAUUGACAUCCUGUGGAGACAGGAUAUUGAUCUCGGCGCUGGGCGAGAGAUUUUUGACUACAGCCACCGUCAGAAAGAGAGCGAAGUGGACAAAGAGCUGAGCGAUGGGAGGGAGCGCGGGGACAGCUGGAGGAGUGCAGGGAAUGAGGUCUUGGAUAGAAUCCCGCUAGUUGAUGGAGAGACCGGGGAGAGUUUCCCUGCGCAGGUGCCCGGUGCGGAGGAUCAGACAGCCCUGUCCCUGGAGGAGUGCCUUAGGCUGCUGGAGGCCACCUUCCCUUUCGGGGACAAUUCCGAGUUCCCAGCUGCGGAUGUCUCCGCCCUGAGCGAAGCCGUGCCCGGGCAGAGCCGGGCCCCGGGCGGCCCCCCCAGCCUGCUGUCCCCUCUCCUGGCCGAGAACGAGUCGCCCUUCGACCUGGAGCAGCAGUGGCAGGACUUUUUUUCCAUCAUGGAGAUGCAGGCCAUGGAGGUGAACAGCACGAGCGCCGAGAGCCUGUACGGCGGCGCCGGCGGGGACCUGCUGGCAUCCAACUACAGCCUGGCCCCCGGCACGCCCAUCAACCAGAACGUCAGCCUGCAUCAGGCCUCGCUGGGCAGCUGCUCCCAGGACUUCUCCCUCUUCAGCUCGGACAUCGAGAGCCCCUCGUCCAUGGCGGGCGGCUCGGCCCUGCUGCAGCUGGCGCCCGACAACUCCACCGGCCUCAACAGCACCUUCGGCUCCACCAACCUGAGCGGGAUCUUCUUCCCGCCCCAGAUGAACAGCACGGGCAACGAGACGGCCGGGCCCGAGCUGCCCGACCCCCUGGGAGGGCUCCUGGACGAGGCCAUGCUGGAUGAGAUCAGCCUGAUGGACUUGGCCAUCGAGGAGGGCUUCAACCCCGUGCAGGCCUCGCAGCUGGAAGAGGAGUUCGAUUCCGACUCAGGUCUUUCCCUGGAUUCCGGCCACAGCCCCGCGUCCCUGAGCAGCUCCGAAGCCUCGUCCUCGUCGUCCUCUUCCUCUUCAUCCUCCUCCUCCUCCUCGUUUUCCGAGGAAGGCGCCGUGGGCUACAGCUCGGACUCGGAGAACGUGGACUUUGAGGAAGCGGAAGGGGCGGUUGGCUACCAGCCAGAGUACAGCAAGUUCUGCCGCAUGAGCUACCAGGACCCGGCUCAGCUCCAUUACCUGCCUUACCUGGAGCACGUUGGCCACAACCACACCUACAACAUGGCCCCGGGCGCCCUGGACCCCGAGGAGCCCAAAGCGCCCGGCGCCGGCAAGAAGAGCGGCAAGGAGAAACCGUCGGAGCUGCUGGACAAGCAGCUGAGCCGCGACGAGCACCGCGCCAGGGCCAUGAAGAUCCCCUUCACCAACGACAAGAUCAUCAACCUGCCCGUGGAGGAGUUCAACGAGCUGCUGUCCAAGUACCAGCUGAGCGAGGCGCAGCUCAGCCUCAUCCGCGACAUCCGCCGGCGCGGCAAGAACAAGAUGGCCGCCCAGAACUGCCGCAAGAGAAAACUGGACACCAUCCUCAACCUGGAGCGCGACGUGGAGGAGCUGCAACGCGACAAGUCCAAACUGCUCAGGGAGAAGGUGGAAUUCCUCAAAUCCAUCCGGCAGAUGAAGCAGAAAGUGCAGAGCUUGUACCAAGAGGUGUUCGGGCGGCUGCGGGACGAGCAGGGCCGGCCCUACUCGCCCAGCCGGUACGCGCUGCAGUACGGCAGCGACGGCAGCGUGCUGCUGAUCCCCCGCGCGCCCGCGCCCGCCGAGCCGCAGCCGCGGCGCCCGGAGCGCAAGCAGAAGGACCGCAGGAAGUGAAGGCGGCGGCGGCGGAAGGGAGAAGCUGGGGGAUGAGGGCCGAGCCUGGAAAAGUUGCUUGCGGAGGGGAACUUUGUGAUGCCUUCUUAUCCGAAUUCUGUCUUCUGGAACCGCACGCGGCGCGCGCCGGGGACUCUGCUGCGGGAGCGGCCGUCCCUAAAGAAAGGGGGGGACGGAGCUGCUCACCCCCCACACACACACACAAAGCCCAGCUGCCACCGCCCAGCCCCCCAGAAAAUGCUGGGGAGAGCGGGGACGAGCUGGCAUCGCUGCUGGGGAGGUUGGCACGAGGUGGAUAAAACAAAACAAAACAAAACAAAAAAAAAACCGAA